GCGCGCUCCGCGGGUCGCGCGCCUCCCUCGCCGCGGCGCAGGCUGCAAGCUCAGCAAGUCUUGCGGCAAAGACACUCCGGCCGAGUUGGGGCCGGGGCGCCGCGGGACUCCGGGCUGAGCGGACGUCCCCUCGGCCGUCUCCGGCAGCCCGCCUGCCCUCACUUCGGGGACGCGGUUCCCUCCUGGCUGGCCACCCCGAGCUGGAGUGAAGUUCCCUGGAAACGAGACCUAAGAACAGAAGAAGGCACCAAGGCAGAGCGUGUGCAGCUACUGUGUCACCAGCUACCAUGAGGAGCAUCUUCAAGAGGAACCAGGAGCCCGUGGUGGCUCCCACCACCACCGCCAUGCCCGCCGGCCCAGUGGACAACUCCACAGAGAGCGGGGGUGCGGGCGAGAGCAAGGAGGACAUGUUUGCUAUGUUCAAGGAGAGGUUCUUCAACGAGAUAGUCAAGCUGCCUCUGCCGCCCUGGGCGCUGAUCGCCGUGGCUGCGGUCACGGGCCUUGUGCUGCUCGCCUGCUGCUUCUGCUGCUGCAAGAAGUGCUGCUGCAAGAAGAAGAGGAACAAGAAGGACAAGGCCAAGGGCGCCAGGAACGCCAUGAGCAUGAAGCACAUGCGGGCCGGCCAGGAUGACGACGACGCAGAGACGGGCCUGACGGAGGGCGAGGGCGAGGGCGAGGAGGAGAAGGAGCCGGAGAACUUGGGCAAGCUGCAGUUCUCCCUGGACUACGACUUUCAGGCCAACCAGCUCACCGUGGGCGUCCUGCAGGCCGCGGAACUGCCCGCCCUGGACAUGGGCGGCACCUCGGACCCUUACGUCAAGGUCUUCCUCCUUCCAGACAAGAAGAAGAAAUAUGAGACCAAAGUCCAUCGGAAGACGCUGAACCCCGCCUUCAACGAGACCUUCACCUUCAAGGUGCCAUACCAGGAGCUGGGGGGCAAGACCCUGGUGAUGGCCAUCUACGACUUCGACCGCUUCUCCAAGCACGACAUCAUUGGCGAGGUCAAGGUGCCCAUGAACACGGUGGACCUUGGGCAGCCCAUCGAGGAGUGGCGAGACCUGCAGGGCGGGGAGAAGGAGGAGCCGGAGAAGCUGGGGGACAUCUGCACCUCGCUGCGAUACGUGCCCACAGCCGGGAAGCUCACCGUCUGCAUCCUGGAGGCAAAGAACCUGAAGAAGAUGGACGUGGGCGGCCUUUCAGACCCCUAUGUGAAGAUCCACCUGAUGCAGAAUGGCAAGAGGCUCAAGAAGAAGAAGACGACGGUGAAGAAGAAGACCCUGAACCCUUACUUCAACGAGUCCUUCAGCUUCGAGAUCCCCUUUGAGCAGAUCCAGAAGGUGCAGGUGGUGGUCACCGUGCUUGACUACGACAAGCUGGGCAAGAACGAGGCCAUCGGGAAGAUCUUCGUGGGCAGCAACGCCACAGGCACGGAGCUGCGGCACUGGUCUGACAUGCUGGCCAACCCCCGCCGGCCCAUCGCGCAGUGGCACUCACUCAAGCCCGAGGAGGAGGUGGACGCGCUGCUGGGCAAGAGCAAGUAGGCCGCGGCCGGGCCGCCGCUGAGACCCAGAGCCACGGCCACCUCAGCCGCGCCCCCGCGAGGCGCCCUGCCCAUCUGUGUGGUCGUGUCCCCCGUCCCCUUUUUAUAAGGACCCUCCCCUCCGACGGCCGUGGGAGGAGGGCCCCCAGAGGUGGCGCGGCCUGCCCGGUCCGCCCCGGGAGCCGUCCCCGCUGCAUGCCCGCACCCCACUCCUGCGAAGCUGCACCCCAGGCUCACCCCGAGGCGGUGCUCUCGGCCCGCAGUGCAGCCUCUCCUGUUCCUUGAGCGUGUGGCCCCCGAGACGGUGGUGCUGCUGGGUUCUGGACGGGCCUGCGCUCUGGCUCCUGGACAGGCGGGGACGCGUGAGUGGCUGCUUCGGAGGCCAGGCGUGGAGACUGGAUUGUGCAGAAGUCAC